AGAGUAAAGCCCCUGUGUACCCUUCCAGGUUCCUGCUGGCCCUCUCCCUCUCGCUGGUGGCGUGCGGAGGAGCUCUGAGGUGCGUAAGGUGCUGUGUGAGGCAGGGGGCCGAGGCAGGAGGGCGAGGCUCACGCCCCCUCGAGGUGACCGUCAUCACGCUGGAGCAAGACAACACCAUCCACAGCAGCAUGCAGAACACCAUCUCCUCCAUCCAGUCUCUGUUCCUGCCGAACAGCCGGCGUCUCUUCACGGUGACCCGGUGCCAGAACCCUCUGCCCGGGAGCGAGGCCCCGCCCUGCCACGAGAACUCCCCGGCCGCGUCCACGUAGCCGGGCUCGCGGGGAGCGCCUCCCUCCUCGUCACUGCAGGAUGGAAGCGGAAUUUGAAUCGGCAGUUGAGACCGCCAAGCAGGUCCAGUCUGCGGACGAGAGAUCCGGGGUUAAGGAUUAGCGGGGUCGUGCGAAGCGAUGAAAUCAAUCUCACAUGUUAUAAAUCAGUAAAUAAAGCUUCGCUGUCUAAAGA